AUGUACAAACCUCCAUGUGCACAUGCCUGCCGCUCAUCCAUCACAAACCCUUUGAACUGCUCGACGAGCUCAGAUGAUGGUUUGCACAUUGCAUGGAACGUCGAGAAGUCUCCUGAGCCAGAGUGUUAUGCGACGAAUGAUGCCUUCUUGCAGACCCUGGCAUAUUGCCUAUACUCUCACUGUCAGACGGUACCUAACUCGACACUGCAAAGAUAUUGGGAGAUGAACGUUGCUGGCAGUCAAAAAGACCAGCCACUGCCCAAACAGGCUUAUCAACAGGCUCUGCAAAGUAUCGGUUUCAGGCCUAAUAUCACAGCGAAUGUAUCCACGGUGUUGGAGUCAGCCUCGCUUGUGCCUGAGGGACUGUAUGAUCUCAAUUGGAGCACCCUGGCCGUCUUUGAGAAAGCAGAAGCAACACAUGAGAAAUACGGACUGGUCCUUCUCUUGACUGGCGCAAUUAUACCUAUUGGGCUCUCAUUUGCACGCUUCAUUCCCCUUCCCACCAGAUUGAAGACCAGUUUCGAGGCAUACGUGAUUGCUCCUCCGCUCAUCGGCCACCGACACAAAGUCCCCUUAUUCAACACGUUCAACAUGCCCACGAGAGGACAAGCGCUGUUUAUCGCCUAUCUAAUAAUAAUCAACGUGGUUCUAUGCGCGGUCGGCUUCAACUCAGCCGACCCCAGUGCGUGGUACACCUCCAACCGUCGCGAGAUCGUCACAUACGUUAGUAACCGCGCUGGCAUCCUAAGCUUUGCAAACAUCCCACUGCUGGUUCUCUAUUCCAGCCGUAACAAUAUCUUACUCUGGGUAACUAACUGGUCCCAUUCCACCUUCGUACUACUCCACCGCUGGGUUGCUAUGAUUUGCGUUCUCGAAGCAUGCCUCCACUCCGCCAUAUACUUGCAAAUAUACAGCGCAGAAGGUGAACAUUCCACUGAAAGCAAGCUCGCAUACUGGUACUGGGGUGUUGUCGCCACGCUGGCGAUGGUCGUGAUAGUCCCGGCGUCAAUGCUACAAGUACGCCAACGAUUCUACGAGUUCUUUCUUGCCUGGCACGUGGUAUUCUUCCUACUAGCGAUGGCCGCGUGCUGCCUACAUAUUUACUAUCGAUAUGACUUUCAAUGGGGAUAUGAGAACUGGAUAUACAUGGCGUUGGCGAUCUGGGGAUAUGAGCGGGGGAUGCGCAUUCUGCGGUUUGCGAGACAUGGGAUCCGCACUGCUCACGUUUCCAUCGUGGAUGAUGACUACAUUAAGCUGGAGAUUCCAGGAGUUGCGGCCGAGGGUGAUGUGUAUCUUUACUUCCCAACCUUGACGUGGCGAGUCUGGGAGAAUCACCCCUUCUCGGUCAUGACAGAUGUCUGCUGUGAGAGCGAUACGGGACCGUCGACUACAAUAAUCACGACCGAUAAAGGCAGACUUCCUGUUGAUUUGACGGAGAAAGUGGGGAAUCUGGAUAAGAUAUCUCUUGCUGAAACGUUUAGUACACCGUGUCAACGAAGGCUGGUGUUUUAUAUUCGAACCCAGUCGGGCAUCACCAAGUAUCUCCGCGGCCCGAGAUCGAAGUUCCCAGUUCUUAUCGAGUCUUCGUACCGCCCAGUGGCCCUUUCAAGGUCAAAUACCUCGGAUAUGGCCAAUAUUAUUGCGAUCGCGGGUGGUGUUGGCGUAACGGCGUUGGCGCCCAUAUUAAUGCGUCACGAGGGUUGGCAUAGGCUGUUCUGGGCAGUGCGUAGUACGCCCUUGGCAGAUUCCGUGGCAGCGUCACUUGGUGCAGAUCGUUUCGAUCGAUUGAAUCCUAUGGUUUUCCAAGAUAGUCGUAUGGAUAUCCCUCGCAUUCUACGGGAGGAAGUCUCAAGGUGUGCGGGAACGGAGGUCGCCGUGAUUGUCAGUGGUCCAUUAAGGAUGGCGGACGAGGUACGGCUUGUUGUAACAGGGCUGAUGAGGGAGAAUCCAGCAGUGAAGCUAAAACUAAUAGAAGAGUCUUUCAGCUGGUAG